UAUGCAGGGGAGAGGAACAAAGAGAGGUGAUCCGAUUGUCCCAGGUGGGCGAGGGGGUAGCCUUGUAAGCUCCAGGUAUGUUGGAAUAAACAUGGUCCGGGGUUUUAUUUCCUCUGGUGUGGAAGGAAACGUGCUGGUGAAAUCUAGGGAGCACUGUUUUUAAGCUGGAGUGGUUAAAGUCACCCGCAACAAUAAAAGCAGCAUCUGGAUGAGUUGACUGCUGUGUGCUAAUGGCUGCAUGUAGUUCUUUCAUUGCAAUCUUGGCAUUAGCAUCUGGUGGAAUGUACACAGCAGUAACAAUAAAAUCUUGAAAUCUGAAUAUUUUAAUAGUUUUAUCACAUCAAUCUUUUUUAGGUACCCUGAGCAAGAAGAACUGUGGCAAAUCAAAAACAACCAGCAAGGAAAAUAUGCCGUAUACUCCAGCACCUACAAGUGAACUCUCUCUGUUUUACACCUACACAGCCCUCUCUAAACCUCUCAAUCUGCCUGGAAUCUAUGAGUUCAUUGCUAUGGGAAUGGUCAAUGAUCAAGUGAUUGACUACUACGACAGUGAGACUCAGGUUAAGGUUCCUAAACAGGAUUGGCUAAGAGAGAAGAUGGGGCAGGAUUACUGGGAUAAAGGGACUCAGUCCCGCAAGAGCAAAGAGCAGUGGUUUAAGGUCAACCUGGACAUCCUGAUGGAUCGAAUGAGGCACAAUAAGUCUGACCUUCAUGUUCUUCAGUGGAGACAUGGCUGUGUGGUUAAUGAAGGCACAGAUGGACAAAAUACAUUUGUGAGAGGAAUCAGUGAGUAUGCUUACGAUGGCACAGAGUUCCUCUCCUUUGAUGAGGAAAACUCCAGGUGGAUUGCUUCAGUUCCGGCUUCUUUGCCGACCAAAAAGAAAUGGGAUGAAGUGCCCAUCCUUCACACAUACACCAAGAGUUACCUGGAGAAAGAGUGUGUGGACUGGCUCAUCAAGUUCAUGGAUUAUGGACAAGAAGAAAUAAGAAAACAAUGUCCCCCAGAGGUGCAUCUACUUACAAAAAAAUCAGUGACUAAAAGCAAACAGCUGAUGCUGACCUGCCUGGCCACAGGUUUCUACCCUCCAAAUGUGGAGAUGCAAGUGAGAAAGUCCAGAACUUCCCUGCCUGAUCAUCUGGUAGCGUCUUCAGGAGUCAGACCCAAUGGUGAUGGAAGCUGAGGAAGAGUCUGGAGAUUGUGGAGGAUGAAAAACCAUUGUAUGAUUGCUAUGUGACCCACAGCACCAACAAAGAACCAAUAGUCAUAAAAGGGGCAAAUAACGACGAUUAACCAAGGUGCAAAGAUCACUCCAGAGAACAGAGGUGCUGAGGCCUUCAAGAAUCAAGCCAAGGAAUUCUCUACAGAAAAAUGCUUCUCAGCUCUUCCGAAGUACAUCCUUACAUACAUUUACAUGACAAACUUACUCCCACAAUACUCUCAUAUAUGUGUACCCUGUUUCCUCAUUACCCCACAUGCUCAUCUCAUUGCCCAAAGAAGCAUUACUCAUCUACAUGUACAAUUUGUUCCUGCUUUCUCACAUUACACCCUAUACACAUAAAUAUGUAAGAUCAUAUAGGUCAGUUUUGGGCCUCAGUGUCCCUCACACACAGCUCCAUACCACAAGUCCUUUAUUGGGUAUAAUGAUACAUUAUUUUUUGCUAUAUAGAUUACUUACAUCUAUAACACUAACAAUAAUGAUCUGAGUCUGUUUUCAUUUUCUGAUUGCUUGAUAACAUGUGAACCACUUCCAAACUAUACAGUAGAGAAAUGCUUAGACUGCUGAAGUUACACAUAACUUUUGUGUGAAUUCUUGUUUUUAAAUCAUCUAACUCACUUCUUUUAUUCAAAAUCUCAUUUAAAUAUAUCAUUAUUACAUUAUAUUUGUAUAAAUUACUGUAACUAUGUGUAACCGUUAUCCUGACCUAAAGAGAAAAGAAUA